UGCAAUGGUAAUUUUUCUGAAGAAAAGCAGGCGGGCACACUGCGGUAAACGUCGACAUGGUUAUUCCCAAAGAGAUUCUGAGCGACUACAAGGAGCUCUACGAGAAGGCCAACCGGCUGGUGGAGGAGGAGAGUCGCAGCGAUCCGCCAACGGAUCCCUUUCGGUCCCACUACAAAGCCCGCGAUGUUCUGGUCGAUUUAAAAAAGCAGCUGGACGACCAACUGGUGUCCGUCCAGGCCAGCGAAGAGGAUGGCGGCCAGGAUGACCUCUGCUACCGCUCCCUGCUGGCCUUCGUAUGCCGGGAUCUGGGCCGGAUCUUUGUAUACACAGAGGAACAGUCCAAGGGCGAGGAGUUCCUUAAUCGUUGUUUGGAGCUCGUCACUCCGCUGAAGCUGCGUCCAGAAGCUGUCAUUCCCUACAUAGGCGCCGUUAACGAGCUCAGCAUUGUCCUGGCCGCCAAGGAGGAGUACAAAAAGGGCCUGGACCUGCUGCUUCUGGCCGAAAAUAGCUACGAGGAGUUCAAAGCCAGUGGCUUGGAACCCCUGGCCAUACAGGAUAUCUUCAGUCCGUCGGAGGAGGGGCAGGAAAUCGCUGCAGCAGGUGCAAAGGAGCUGGAAUCUCUGUACACUCUGGUGUGUUUUUAUCUAGCCCAAAUGUAUGGCCACCUGGGAGAGACGGAAAAGUCUGCUAAGUGCUGCCAUCGCACGCUGCACCGCCAGUUGCAGUACAAGUCGUAUGAUGCCAUUGAUUUCGCUCUAAAUACCGCCACCUUGUCGCAGUUUUACAUUGGAGAGGAGCGAUUCGCAGAGGCCCGUCAUCAUCUGGCCGCCGCCACUCUCAUCAUGGCGGAGUACGAGGCUCACAUGCUGGAGCCGGAGGGAAUGAGCGAGCAGCAGCGGCAGGAUGUGACGGAGACCUUCAAGCAUCGCUACGCCGAUGUGGCCCGUUGUUGGGCCAAGUAUGGCCUGCACUUGAUGCAGACCUCUAGGGAGCGGCUGCUGCGUGACGAGGACGACAGCGAGGAGGCCAAGCGCCUGGAGAAGGCCAUACAGACCCUCCGGCUGGCCGAAGCGGAGGAGUCGCGGUUUCCCGGUCUGGAUCUUACCGCCUGCGAGAAUCGCAUUAGCUGCGACUACUGCCUGACCUUUGACGAUGCCAAGCUGGUCUUCCACUUUGUCAACGAGUGGCUGGACAUUGCCAAGGACUACUACAAGGCGGAAAACGAGGCCACCGAGUACUGUAAGAUCAUGCAGGACUACGCCGAGGCGUACGAGCGCAUUGCCUUUUUUGAGGAGAAUCCGGAGAAUCAGGCCAAAAUGCAGAAGCGUCGAGCCAAGUUCUUGGAGGAUCUGCUUGAUCUGAUCGAUCCCAUUUUCUACAUGAAGAUCUGCCGCGAGUGUUGGUAUGGGGCGGGAACAGCUCAUGCCGCCGUUCUGGAUGUCCGUCUCGAUGCCAUCCGUGCCAAGAGCUCCCCCACGCCGGAUGAGAUCAAGAAGGUCAACCAGAGCUGCCAAAAGGCUAUCAAGCACUUUGAGAGCUUCAUUAAAUCGUACACGGCGAAGCCGCCGAGCGAGGAGUGGCGUCCCAACAUGGACGAGGAGGAGCAACGUCUUAUGCUCUAUGCCCACUUUCACAUUGGUCGCAUCUACUACAAGCUGAUCAGUCCCCAUCCUGUUCAGCAGCUGCUGCAACUCACCAAUUGCCAAACUUAUUACCAAAAGUUUGACGAAGGCUGUGAACAGCACAAGGAGGCGGCCAAGACGCUGCAGGCCGAAGUGGGGGUGGUGCGUGAGAUGCUGCAGCUGCUGCCCCUCAAGAUGAACACGGUGAAGGCGAGAUUGGGCUAGAAUUAUUUGUUCUAAAAAUCGCUUUAUAAAACUCUUUCCAUUGGAAAAGCCCGCUUAAGGUUGGGCCUUCUCUUGGCCACACAAAAACAUUGAUAGAACUUGUUUGGUUAGUUAAAAAAACACACACAAACCUUAUUAAAACAUGUAAAAUUGUUUGCAUUUGCCGAAAGCUUUACACACUCCAAAUAAUAAUAAAAAUAAAUUAUAUUGUUAACGCUAAAA